AUGCUACGAACAAGAAAGGAGCAUGGCGUUUACAGAGUUGGAACUAGUAACGAAAACGCUUCAAAAAAUAACGGGAACAGCGAAAUACAAUGCGGCUGGUCCGGAUCACUUGUGGAAAACGUGAAUCGUUUACUGAAGAAAAAAUCGAAAAUCUCUGAAACCAUCUUCACACACUUCAAUAUUGUUGAGACAAAAGAUUUUAUAAACGACGUACUGGGGUUCACUUCAAAUAAAUCGGAUGAACUUGUAUGCCCGAAUCGAGACGAAGCAGAUGAGUUAAACCAGAUUUAUGGUGCAUCCUCAAGCGAGCAAGACUUGCUGAAGGAAUUCAUGGAACUGCACAAAAAUGCUCCAGCUUCAUUUAAAUGGUACCUUCGAUUCCAUCAUGUGACUGGUGAUCAUAUAGACGAGUCGGAAGCAGCGAAUUUUGAGGCAUUAUUCGAAGCUUUCAAACGUGCCCAGAAUGAUGAUGUUUUCAUGCGAAUGAAACAACAGAACGCAUUUCCUCUUGACUUCCCUGAAUCUUUAACAUGCGAAGAACAACAACACAUUGCUCUGCAAAUAUCGAAACAAAUGGAACUUAAAUGGGAAAAGAAUUGCAAUGAUCAGAAACAACAACAACCGAAAGAGCUAAAGAUAAAAGCAAACACCUCCAAUACUAUUCACUCAAGUGCUGAAGAAUUUGAAGGCUCAAAUAAGGAACAAAACUGCACUAGCGAGAAGAAAACUCCCAUUAGGAUUGAGCCAGUAGCUGAACCUACUACUAAGAAAGCAAACCCACCAGGAUGUUCCCAAACGGGAACAAAGAAGCCAAAGAUUCCUAAAGCACUUGAAGACCACAACUAUGCAGCUUCACCACCCGAUGAAGAAGUAAACGUUCCUGAGGAGACUGAGAAAACAAAGAAGAGCAAAAAUUUUGUGAGAACGUACGCUACACGCCCUGUGCGUACCUAUUUAAAAGUGAGAGGAGAGCAGGCUCGCUAUUACUCCGGUGAACUGGAUCUGGAGCUAAGAAAACAAUUGAUGAAAAGACGUCUGUUCGGUGGCUUUGCUGCUUAUCACCUAAUGUUACAUGGACCACCAACUCCUAUGGAAAGGCCCACCUGA